AUGAAGGUGGAUUUCAAAGUUAAAACCAGAAGAGGAAAGAGGUACUUAGAAGAGAAGGCUCCUAAAACAAUUGAGAACGACAAGAAGGCAAUUUUUGUUAAAGGAGGAAAAACAUCCCAAUCAGUCAGUGAUGUCUUAAUUGAUUUAUACAAUUUGAAAAAACCCCUUGCUCUGAAUAUGAAAAGACGAAAUCCUUAUCACCCUUUCGAAGAUGAGACGCCAAUAGAACGACUUGCCGAAAAAUCAGAUUCUUCUCUGUUUGUAUUUGGUUCUAAUUCUAAGAAGCAUCCAAACAGUCUUGUUUUUGGAAGACUACAUGAUAGUCAUAUUUUGGAUCUUGCCGAACUACGUAUUACAGAUUAUAAGCCAGCUAGUGAAUUUGAUACUCAACAGUUCGCUGUAGGUAGUAAGCCUUGCUUAGUGUUCGAAGGAAGUGAGUUCGAAAGUGAUCCCGACAUGAAGAGGGUUUCAAACUUACUUGUGGACUUUUUCCGAGGAGCUGUAGUUGACACGGUUCGUUUACAAGGAUUGGAACACGUCAUUGUGUUCACUGCUAAAGACAAACAGAUUUUCAUGAGAGUUUACAAGACUAUCUUGAAAAAGUCAGCAACUAGUUUACCAAGAGUUGAACUAGCUGAAAUGGGUCCUAGCAUUGAUUUCAUCCGUGAUAGAACCAAAUUGGCUUCAGACAGUUUGUAUAAACAAGCUUGUAGGAGACCAAAGGAGCUUCUGGCCAAAAGAAAGAAGAACACAUCAGAAGAUGUGUUUGGAAACAAGCUUGCUAGAGUUCAUAUCGGAAAGCAGAAUACCGAUAGUAUCCAAACUAGAAAAGUCAAAGCUCUUAGAAAGGGAGUCGAGGCUCCAACCGCCGAAGCUGAAGCUGAAGAAGGAAGUGGAGAUGACGAUAUGGAAGAUGACGAAUAG